UGCGCGGGUGCCAGCGGAUCGGGAUCGGAGCAGCUCGGAGCUGCUCGGAGUCUCUCUGUCCGGGCUUGGACAUCGUCUUAACCCGAUAAUCGGCUGAAGAAGGGGCUUUUAAAAAAGACAACAACAAAAAAGACCGCAAGAAUGUGACUCUUAAAUGUGCCCGGUUUUUUUUUAUUUUUUAAUCUCCGAAAACGACCCAGUUUCUGAUCUAAACGAUUUGAUUUUUUAAAUAUUAUUAUUUUCUUCAUCAUCUGCUCCCUCUGUCCGGAACAUACUUGGAGCGUCCGGGGUUAGGAUAUUCUUUUUUUUAUUUUUUUUUUAUUUUCAAUUUUUCCUACCGGCUUGGGCAGUAAUAUGUCCAGGCGAAAACAGACCAACCCCUUCAAAGUUAACUGUAGGUAUUUCAGGGCCAUUCCACACUUCAACCAUCACAGGACUCCAGCACACUAUUAACAUGGAUGGCAGAGACGAAUUCACAGAGGACAGUGAAUGCUGCAGCAACAACUCCCAGGAAGUCCAAGGGCAGGAUAGCUUCUCAGAAGACAGCGAUAGUGACCCAGAAAACCACGGCGAAGACUCGUCCUCCAACACCUCUGCUGACGACCACAUGACCACCAAGAGAACGCAGUGUCUCCUACAAGGAGCAGGAGUCAAAGAGGAGAGCGAGGAAGGGGGAGAGCACAGCAACAACUUUGUUUGUCCUCUCUGCCCGCUGGAUUUCAGCAGCCCAGAUAAGCUCAUCUCCCAUGUCUACCAGCACACGACUAUGAUGAGCAACACCAAGAGCUAUGUGUGCCCAGUGUGUGGGCGAGCCCUGAGUUCGCCCGGCUCACUUGGACGCCAUCUUCUCAUCCACUCCGAGGACCGCCUCUCCAACUGCGCUGUCUGUGGUGCACGCUUCACAGACACCAACAACUUUAACAGGGAGAAGCUUAAAGAAGUCCUCGACACAACUAGGAUGGAUUUUACUGGGGGAAGGGACACCAGUUCCAUGUCCCACUCCCUCUCGAGCAGCCCCAUGAGCAGCCCGGGCCCCUGCACUGACUCUUGCCAUGGACCAGGCCCCAGUCCCAGUUCGUGUCAGGGUCCUUGCCCGUGUCAAGCAACUAACCCCAAUCCCAACCUAUGUCAAGCCCAACGUUCCUGCCAGGGGCAGGGUCACAUCUCAAGCCAGUGUCAAGGCCCCAGACCAUGUCAUGGCCCUGGGCCAGGAUCAGGACCGUGCACGGACCAGGGACCCGCAUUUCCCUCACUGCCCGAUAGUCUCCUCUCCGAAGGGCCAUCCCUCGCCUCAAUCCCUGAUGCACUCAACUCCUCCUCUUCAGGCCUUCCUCCUAUCCCUGAUAUCCUGAGCCCUAUGCCGGUGUAUCCUGCCGGAGUGCUGCUGGUGUGCAACAGCUGCGUGGCUUAUCAGCAGCUAGUGGCUGCCCAGUCACCGAUGCGAAAAUGGGCUCUGCGUCGGAAGAACGAGCCCUUGGAGGCCCGACUGCAGCGUCUGGAGCGUGAGCGCACGGCAAAGAAGAACAAGCGGGCGUGUGAGACAGAAGAAGAGAGGGAGCUGAGGCGGCUGCGGGACCGCGAGGCCAAGCGCAUGCAGAGGAUGCAGGAAACGGAGGAGCAGCGGGCACGCAGGCUGCAGAGGGACAGGGAGGCCAUGCGAUUAAAGAGGGCCAACGAGACACCAGAGAAGAGGCAGGCCAGGCUGAUCCGCGAGAGGGAGGCAAAGAGGAUCAAGCGACGGCUGGAGAAGAUUGACCCUGCUCUGAGGACACAGAUAGAGCACGAUCCUGCCGCCAUGGCUGCCCUCACAGCAGACAUGAGUCUCUUCCAGUUUCCCUGCCCUAUGCCUGUCCCCUCCAUUGAUAAUGGUCUAUUCAUGAAGCUGCCCUAGUGGGUCCAGGCCAAUCGGGUGAGGGCAGAAUCCAGUUGGCUUCUCGCAGCAUCAUUAACCUCUGCACUGCGCCAUCAGGCUGCCUGUUCACAGAGAACCUCUCAGCUCGAUCUGCGUCGAACAGCUUCGCACACAAGCUGCUUUGUUAAAUACAACAAAAACUUCUUCAACGUCUUUUUUUAAACAGCCUAGAAAACCUUGGGAACAGGGAUGAGAAUGUUUCUUAUUGUAUGGAUGAUGACAUAAGAGCAUGUUGUAAAGAGAUUUUAUCUGUUGCGUCAGUGGACUAGCAGAUUUAACACAGUUCAUACUCAUAGGAGCAGUUACACUUCCUUUGAGGGGACAAAAAAAAAAAAAAUCAUUUGCACAUGGACCUUCAGUGACAGGAGAGGGGACUUUGUAGCCACAGUCCCCUCUCCUUUCUGGUCCACUCCGCCAGCCCAGUGACUCUGAUUUCCAGGUAGCUACACCUCUCUCUUCAAGCUGCUACCAUGGGUCCCUGGGAAGUUCGUGUUCAGUCAAACUACUACCUCAGCUGGCGCCGUGGUCGCGCCCUCUGUCCUGUGGCUUACUGCGUUCCAACUCCAAGCUUCCAAAGCUCUAUAUGUACUGUACACUACUACCGAGGAUGCAGGUCAUUUUUGUUUGUUUUCUUUACAUUGUUAUGUUUGUAUUUAUCAUUCAGGCACUUUAAUAGGACACACACAUUCACAAGUGAUUUUAAAAACAAGAGGCGUUAUAGAUUCUGACAUAAAGUUUGAAUGAAUGUCCUAUUGAACGUGUUCAGUGUUGAGCUACAUUCCUCUUAUUUCUGAGUUUUACAUUUCAAUGCAGUCCACCUUUGUACAUUCUCUUUGCCAAGAUACAACUCUCACGUCUUUACACUCCGAACAUUUUUGCCAAUGUCAUUUAUAUUUUUCUUUCUUUUACAGAGGUUUUCUCUGGCUCUUAAAAAACAACAAAAAAGUAAAGUCAUAAAAUCUGUGCUGCUGUUAUUGUACUGUAAAAUACAUUAGUUACCUCUUAUAUGUUUGGGCUCAUUGCAUUGAGGAAUAUUCUAUUCUUGUAAGUGGUUGCAAAGAAACAGUACACAACAUGUUACCCGUUGACCUCAGAAUUUGUUGCAUUACUUGAAUUCUGCCCUAAAAGAUGCAUUUGUUUUCCUCAUGAGCGGGUUCCGACACGGUGGGUUUUUACCGUCAUACGGGAAAUCA